CUUACGGCGCAUGGGAUUUAGACACUUCUAGCUGCCAUACACCCUGCAUAGUGUAAGUGACUGGAGGCGAAUCCAGUAGGUCAGCUAGUUUGAAAGAUGCAACGCUGUCACGCCAGAUGAAAUAGAAACGUACGUCCUGUCAUGACCGCCUCUUUGGACAGAAAACACUGAUACAAUGAUUGCUAGUACUGGUUCCAGUGGUCUAUAUAAAGCGCCCUUGUCCAAAAGCCUUCUACUUCUCCCCAGUGCACUGUCCAUUCUGCUGACAUUUGUCUUUCAGGAGCAGCAGUCCUUUUUUGUAUAUAACCUGCAAGCAAUAAAAGAAAGUUUCUGUGUAUGGAAUCUGAUCUCUGGGAGGAUAGUGUGUCUAGAUUUGAAGGACACCUUUUGUAGCAGUUUACUCAUCUACAAUUUUAGGACAUUAGAGCGAAGAUUUGGCAGUCGAAAAUUUACAUCAUAUUUGCUUGGGACCUGGAUACUUUCAGCACUUUUUGAUAUCCUGCUUGUCAAAGCUGUAGAAGUUGUGGCUGAUAUCACUCUUAGUACUCUGCCUUCUGGAUUUUUAUCUCCCAUCUUCGCGCUCUUUGUGCCAUUUUAUUGCUCCGUGCCAGGAGUGCCAUUGGCUCACAUAUUUGGCUGGUUUCCAAUCACCAAUAAGACGUUGGUGUACAUAGUGGGGCUGCAGCUUUUGACAUCAAGUCCAUAUAUGCUGGUGCUUGCCGUAAGUGGUGUGGUUUCUGGAUUGUUCUACAACAAGGAUGUUUUAAACGUUCAACAAGUUCUAUGCGUUCCGAAUUGGGUAGCUAAAGUCUUUUCCCAGACUGUGGAGCCAAUAUUCUCAUCGGUUGAGCCUACCAGCGAGGCUCAUGUUGGCAUGGGUGCAACAGUGGACAUUCAAAGGCAACAGAGAAUAGAGCUGCUAGAUCAGCAGAUGAUGCUGUCACAACUUUCCCAGCUAGGAAGGAGGCGCCAGGAUCAGGGUGGACUGUUUGGCUGGAAUCGCUUCUUUCAACCACUGCGGCAACGACGGGUUGUCAAUCAUGCGGAACCACAAGCUCCACCUCCACCAGCACCUGAAGAGCAGGUUGCGCAGCUAAUGGAGAUGGGGUUUUCUAGGGCAGAUGUCUUAACUGCUCUUAGGGCUUCAAACAAUGACGUCAACUUGGCUACCAAUUUUUUAUUACAACGAUGAUAAUUCAGGGAAAGGUGCAAUAUUAUAUUUUACUCAUCCAAAGAUCUUUUUUACGUAUAAUUAUAUGUAAAGUAUAUUACAGAUUAACUGAGGGAAUGAAAGGAACAUAUUUUUACUCACUCUGCUGAUGUUGUAAAGCAUAGAAAAUUGUUUCUCCUACAUUAUUUAAAGAUAUGAAUUUUGCUUUUUUUUUUUUUACUCUAAUUGGAAAAUUCAUAUUACGGUACCUUUUGUGUUUUUGUUCCAGGAGUAAUUGUGGAAACUGCGCUGAUUAUAUUAAGGUUUGAACAUUUUAAGGGAUUCAAAGUAGCAGAGCUGAACAUGUCAUAUGAUAUUGUGAAAUCAUGAUGUCUUACUCAUGUAGUUUCUCUUGGGCCUGAAUAUAAAAUCUGCUGAGUUUUCUUAACCUUAUUACUCUCAGGGCAAUCUGACAUACACAAAACCUAAGUAGUAGAAUAGCAGUACUAGUGGUCAAAUCUUGGUCCAAAGUCACAUACAGCCAAGAAAGCCAAAUAACCACAGCACUCGUACAUUAGAGCAUAGCACAUCAGUCAACAAGUCCCACUUUUUUGGAGUAUUGCAGACUAUUAGGUAUACCCCUAACCUAAAACCAUGCAUUUUGUAGAAGUAGACACCUGGCACAUUGUGAAAGUACCAUACCACCCAGCAGUUUACAUCCACGGGCACUUUCUUGCCGUUUUCAUUAAAGGGUAGCAUUUUGCAAUUCAUAAAAGUUUAUAUUGGUGGCUUAAAGUCUGACUAUUACACACAACACAUAAAAACUCUAGAUACACAGCAUUCACAUAUGCCUGUGUCUAAUUUACAUGUAUUCACAAAUUCAUCAAAACUGCAAAGACCUAAAAUCUUAAUGACCAAGGUGAUGUAGUCACAAGUGACCUGAUUAUAGAGUGAUUAUAUAUGCAACUCUUUAUCUUCUUUCCAAUUAAAAAAAACACCCCUAAUGUGACAGAGUGGUGGGUGAUAAAACAAGGAAACGUGUAAUAUAUACCCCCCUCCUUGGGGUCACAGGGAAGAGAUAUUUCUUCUUGCAUUCACUUGUAGAUGCACUCUUCCCUCGCCUACACAGAGACAGUGCCAGAAGGUGAAACGUUUCAUCAUGCUCCCUGAGGCUGUUGUUAAGGACAUGCAUGGCAGUAGAAGAGUUAAAAGGAACCUGUCAAUCUGCAAGCAGCAUGUUCUUGAGCAGAGGGAGCCGAGCGAGUUGAUAUAUUGUCUCA